GGAGGAUGAUGUUACCUUGGUUUAAUGUUACUUCGGUUAGGUACUUUCGAUUCGAACCCAAGAUGUUAUCUCGGUUCUCCCUUUGUUGAAAGGGUAAAAUAGUCAAAGCACGAAACUAUACAUCAAUAAUCUUCAACACAAUUAUUAUCUUCUUUCUUCCUCCCAAACACACAACGACCACAGAAAACUCUGCAACUCAUAAGUCAACCUUUCUGUGUUUAUUCAUAUAUUUGGCGGGAACAUAACUAUCAACCCGUUCUUCCUGAUAGAUAUAUUAAGUGAAACAGAGGUAGUGGGGGGUUGAGAAAAGUUUUAACAGAGAACGCACUCAAGGUGUUCGACGAAAUUCCGUAUAAAGACUAUAUAAGAUGCCGCCACCAGAACCGAUUCGAUUCUUGAUAAACAGCGUGCUCGUAGCUCUUGGCGGGUUCAUGACCAUAAACGUUGUGUCCGCGGCAGCCUUUGGUGCAUUUCGACUCGCUACAGAAGAGAAACGGAAGAAGAGCGGUUUGCCUUGUGGAGCGUGUCGUGGGAAAGGGUUUUACAUAUGCAAAGUAUGCAAAGGAGACGCAACUAUAAAAUGGUCGCCGUUGUAUGAUCCAGUUUGUAUCAAUCCAUGUCUUUGCCCUACUUGCGAUGGUCACAGGGUACAAAGAUGUCUCAACUGCUUAGGAAAAGGAUACUGGUGACUCUUUUGAAUCACUUAGGAAGCAUGGGACCAUUUCAACACUCUCGGACCGGUUUAGAGGAAGACAAAAUCUUUAGUCUUUUAGUUCUCUAUACGCAAGGGCUGUGCGUUAUCAUUAGAAGUGUACAGUCAAGGUUCUGAAUCAAAAGAUGUUCCAGAGUUUUUAAUAGUCACAGCCUCAGCAGGUACAGAUCUUUGAUGAUAUGCGUUAGUUUUUUUUACAAAACGAUAAUGAAUAGCAUUGAGAUACAGAUUUGUAAAAAACAUGUUCCGCAAAUUUUGGAUCUUUGAUGUUGAGAGAAACAAAAUGGGCUUAAGACAUAAUACGUCAAUAGUCAAUUUGACAAGACAACACACAACGGUUUCAAGCCGCUAAUGAAUGUAACAUUUGUAAGAGAACAUAAUGAUCAUACAUCUUGACAUAUCUUUAUCUACAAACAAUGCUCUUUUGGAACCAAAUUCAUGAAUUGAACAACGACACCAACACUCCAAUGCUUCCAUGGUGAGAGAAGGGUAUGUGCCGCAUAUAUGGAUAGUAA